AUGUUUAGAGCAACUAUUGUAGCAUUAUGUUCAAAGAAUAAAAAUAACCCUAUUAAAAAGGCAACGAGUGCAAAGAGUAAUCUUAAUCAGAAACAAAAGAAAUCACAUAAAGCUGAAGAGGCAGUAGAGAAACAAAGAGAAGAAAAGAGACGUCUCAAACAAGAACGUGCAGAAAUGGGUUUGAUGGGUACAAACGAUCCUUUAAUCAUUCGUGCAUACAAAGAAUUGGAGGAAGAAGGUUUCUUUGAAACCAGUGGAACAAAUAAUCCCUUUAAAGAUAUUCUACAAAAACCUUCUGAUGUUAUUGAACAAUAA